AAGUGAAAAAAAAUCACCAAAAAUGUCGUUCACAACAUUUAGUGAAGCACCAUGAAGGCCAUCUUUGUUCUCGCUGUCGUUGUUGCUGCAGUCACGGCUGAGAGAUGUAGUGACACAGGUGACUGUACAGCCACUACAUGCGGGGGCGGAUCAUCCCUCCAUUGUAUUGGACAUCUGUGCACGUGUACCAUAGCAGCAAGUGGCGAUGGAGCUUGCACCAUGGCCAGUGACUGUCAUGGACGAUGUGACGGUGCUCGUCAGCACCACUGUAUCGAUGGUCGGUGCAGAUGUACUCAUUUUUAAAGAAAUAAAUCUACCUUU